CGACCGUGCGGGAGGCGGUUGGGGUCGCGGCCGCGGCGAGUCACGGCGUUUUCCAAUCUAUCGCGUCCGCCGCCGCCCGAGACGCAGCCAGGAUGUCCAGGAUGCUGAGCAGCCCCUUUGAGGAGGACCCUUUCUUCGCUGAAUCUAUGAUUGCACAUGGAGAAAGUAUGCGACAGCUGAUGAGAAAUUUUUCUGAACCUUUUGGAAGAGACUUGCUCAGUAUCUCUGAUGGUAGAGGGAGAGCUCGUAAUCGUACAGGACAAAAUGAUGGUGAAGAUUCCUUGACUGCAACGAGUUGUUCUCUUGUGCCUUUUGGCAGUUUUGGUGGUAUGCGUACAGGUGUCAACCCUUUUCAGGCAGUGGACCGAAUGAUGUUAAAUAUGCAAAAUGGCAUACAAGAAUUACAAAGAAACUUUGGUCACCUUUCAAUGGAUCCAAAUGGACAUUCAUUUUGUUCUUCCUCAGUUAUGACUUAUUCCAAAGUGGGAAAUGAACCACCAAAGGUUUUCCAGGCCUCAACUCAAACACGUAGAGCUCCAGGAGGAAUAAAGGAAACCAGGAAAGCAAUGAGAGAUUCUGUCAGUGGACUAGAAAAAAUGGCUGUUGGUCAUCAUAUCCAUGACAGAGCUCAUGUCAUUAAAAAGUCAAAGAACAAGAAGACUGGGGAUGAAGAGGUUAAUCAAGAGUUCAUCAAUAUGAAUGAAAGUGAUGCUCAUGCUUUUGAUGAUGAGUGGCAAAAUGAGAUUUUGAAGUACAAACCAGGAGGACGGAGCAAUCUAGAAAACACUAGAAUGCGAAGUGUUGGUUAUGAGAACUCAGGAUCCCGAGAACGUAAAAAAAGGGAGAAACCUCACCAAAGUCCAGCCAUUGAAGGUGGAAGAAGAGCAAACGUUUUUGUGGACAAACUCAACAUCAAAGGCUCACCUGUGAAAAGCAACAGAAAAUAAAUAACCAUGCAUUUGAUUUGUUUAGUUUUAGUUGUUUUAACAGAAAAAGUAAUGGUGCUGGGUAAUAACACAUAAGACCAAUAUCUUGUUGCUAAAUCAAUACUGUACAACUUUCUUUUGAUUCCUGAAUUUUCAUGGAUGAGCUAGCUUUAUAUUGUCCCCCCUUCAUUUUCAGAUGUGUGAGUAAAUUGUUAAGCAUGCUAUAAAACUCUUUAAACAUAUUAAAUUUUAAAGCUCACAUGCCAAUUUUGCUUUCCCAAUUAUUUUUGUGUUGGCUGUGUAUUAUACUUAUCAAGAUUGAUUGCAGAGCUAGUUCUAUCAUUUAUAAUGAUAAGAAGUUAAAAUGUUAAAAAAUCAUCUCAAGUUUCACUAACACUGUACUCGAGUGAUGUUAAAGGUUUAAUUUAUCUCAAAUCUUAUGAUAUAUUAGCCACCUAGCAGAAAGCUUUAAAAAUAAAAUAGCAAAGCUA